AUGCAGGUGCUCGGAAUGCAAGGAGCGAGGAGCGUGGUACGAGGCCUCGCCAGUGCUGCUCGCCCGCCCAAGUCGCCGCACCUUCACAAGCGCCCCAGCGCUCCAGGCACCGUUGCCGUGUCCCCCGCGCCGGCUCCGCCCAGAUCGCCACCUCCAGCUCCGGGCCCUCCGGGUGCGCCUCCUACGCCGGGUACCCCUGCCGUGGCAGAGGCUCCACCAAAGGACGUGGAAACUCUGCAGCCGCAGAAGACGGAGAAGACGGAGACGGAGCCGCAGCGGUAUGGGCCCUUGGACGUGAAUCUAAAGCCUCGAGACCAGCUUCGCCCUCUGUUGCCGACUUGGAAUCCACCUCCCACUCGGCGGCCCGAGCCCGACGAGCUCGAGGUGAGCACUCGGCUGCGGUUCCUCUUCGAGGAGCGCUGGUGGGCGGCCACUGUCCGGGAGGCCUACGAAACGGAGCUGCGCGUGGGCUUCGACGGUUGGCCCAGCCGCCACGACCAGAUCGUCCCUCGCAACAGCGGCCGGCUCUACCUUCACGAGUCCGUGCACCCAGACUACGAGGCGCCCCCAGCGCCGCAGCGCUUCCAGCGGCCCACGGCCACGGAUGCUGAGGGAAAUCCGCUUCCGGCGCUGCCCCGGGCACCGAAGCCCAAGGUCUAUGACCCCGAGAAGGAGCGCAUGAAGCGGGCUUUGAGACCGCCGCUGCCCUUCAAUCCGGAGAAG